AUGUUCCCUAAUGCUAUUGUUGUUGUUAGUGCUGUGUUGUUGUUGCUGGCUGUCGUUGGGCUGGAUGGCGAGCCCCUCUGCUCUACUUGCCCUCCUAGCAAUAGGAUGAACUGUCACGUGCCUAUUACCUAUAACCCCGACCCAAUUAAGAAGGAUUGCUACUGCUCUUACUGUAGUACACUGUGUUAUGAGAGAAACAGCAUAUGUCCAAGAGGUCAGACUUGUAGAAUGGUCGACUGUCCAAACGGAGUUCCGGACUGCAAGACUGCCGAAUGCGUGCCAGAAUAUUGUCCGAACUGCCCACCAUUAACUAGCAUGCCAUGUGACUUACGGCUUAACUACAACCCUGAUCCAGGCAAUGGGACUUGCCUCUGUCUAUUCUGCAUGACCAGAUGUUUUGAUAGGCUCGACCCUUGUCCAAUAGGAACGACCUGCAAAAUGACGUCAACAAAUUGCCCGCCAAAAGGACUUACCGGAUGUUUAACCGCUGAAUGUGUGCCCUUUACGGGGUGUGAGAAGAAAGAGUGUGUGAACCAAUGUCCUAGGCAGGGCUACAUCAGGGACAGAAAUGGAUGCGAAACAUGCACCUGCGAAAACCCCUGCUUGGAGUUUAUAAAGCGCUAUUUCCGAGAUGUUCAACAGCGCUCCUCAAUGAAUUUUGCAAACAGAUGGGUCUUGAGAUCCGCUCUGAACUUCGUAAGUGAUGGAGAAGUAGACAGAGAAGGAGGUAGAGAGUUCCAGAGAAAAGGACCAGAAAAAGCAAAUGCAGAUUUAUUUGAUGAAUGUGUGAAGAAAGAUCUAGCAGCCUCAAGAGAAUAG